CGCUCUCAUUGCUAUGAGAAAAAGAUAAACAGCUGUUGACUAACUCGUGUUUGUGUGUUUAUUAUCGUUUUCUGUAGUUCCUUUUGUGUUUCUCGCAAGAUUCGGUUCGUUGUCGUCGCGUGUGAUUAUUUUAAUUAAAUAUUCUUGUGUUUUUUCUUUAAAUAAAACAUUAAAAUAUACAGUGGAAAUUGUGUUAAACAAUGUUACGAAAAGUGCCAUUAAUUGUUAUUUUGGGUUCUACCGGUACCGGCAAAACAAAAUUAUCUUUGGAAUUGGCUGAACGUUUUGGUGGCGAAAUCAUCAGUGCCGAUUCAAUGCAAGUUUAUGCUAAUUUGGACAUUGCUACGGCCAAAGCUACCAAAGAGGAGCAAUCGAGAGCCAAACAUCAUCUCUUGGAUGUUGCUACGCCAGCUGAACCAUUUACUGUGGUGGAUUUUCGCAACAAGGCAUUGCCAAUUAUUGAAAAUCUUUUGUCCCAAUCCAAAUGUCCCAUUGUGGUUGGUGGCACCAAUUACUACAUUGAAUCAUUACUGUGGGAUAUUCUGGUAAGUCCAACAGCCGGCGAAGAUGUUUCAUCCAAAUCACCAUCACCACAAAAAGUUGCUGCUGCCGCCAACGAUGCUUCAGCCCUUAAGGAUAAUGGAUCCACUUCAACUUCUGUGGCUGCUGCUGCCACCAAUGCUGAAACUGUCGCCCUCAAGUCUGGGAAUUUACAAAAUACUCCAUUUAUAGACCCUGCCGAAUAUUCGAUUUUGUCAUCGGUAUUGCUGCACAACCAUUUAAAGAUGAUUGAUCCCGAAACGGCCAAUCGUAUCCAUCCGAAUAAUAAACGUAAAAUAAUGAGAGCUAUCGAUUACUAUCAGGAAACGGGCCAAACAUUAAGUUCCAAGUUGAAAGAACAGCGCGAACAACCCGGCGGCAAUCGUUUAGGUGGUCCAUUGAGAUAUGCUCAUACGAUAUUGUUUUGGUUGCGGUGUAAUCAGGAUAUUCUGAACACUCGUCUGGACAAACGUGUUGAUGCAAUGCUGGAACAGGGGCUGCUACGUGAAAUACGAGCUUUUCACAAUGAACACAACGUGGACAAAAGCGCCGAAUAUACUAAAGGUGUCCUGCAAACAAUUGGUUACAAAGAAUUCGUCCCGUAUUUGGAGAAAUUCAAUGCCACCAAUGAUGAGAAGAUUGAGGAAUAUUUACGUCUGAAUUCGUAUAAAAUGCCUAGUGAAGAACACUUCAAACAAUAUGCUGGCUCAAUAUGUGAACCCUCCUCAGAAGCAGCGCCAAAUACCGACACCAUUGACCCGAAAGAGCGUUUACCCCCAGGCUUGGAUGUUUUGAAUUCAUGUUUGAAUGAAUUGAAAUUAGUUACGCGUCGCUAUUCCAAGAAACAACAGAAAUGGAUUAACAAUCGCUUCUUGGCCAGUCGAGAUCGUCAAGUGCCCGAUAUCUACGAAUUGGAUACGAGCGACGUCAGUCGCUGGCACGAAUGUGUUUAUUCACCGGCUGUCACGGUAAUUGAUUGCUAUCGUUCGUCACAAGUAUGCGAAAUACAGCCGAUGCCGAAGAGAACACAUCCGGGAGCGGACUUGAAUGAGGAGACCACCAACUUUUGUGAAACCUGUCAACGCCAUUUCAUUGGCGAAUAUCAAUGGCAUUUGCAUUUAAAGUCAAAUCGGCAUAAGAAACGCAAGGAGGCGCUCAGGAAAAAGCAAGCGGAACAACCACCACAAGUUGACAACUAACCGAUUAAAAAUGCAUUUAACAAAAUGUUGUUUUUUUCUUUUCCUUCAAAAUGUUUCAAAUAAAUAAAAUGUUUUAUUGUCGAA